AGAUUUCUAUACGAAUACUGCAGUGCAGGUAGAGGGUUUGGCAACCGACAACGGCAAAUAAAUAAAAUUACUUACAUGUAUGCUAGCCAAAGUAUAGCUACAUUACUAAAUUUUAUUUGCCUCUUUAUACAAUUUUAAGUAUAACAAUCGUCAGUAAAUUCAGAUAAAAUACCCCACACGACUUCGAACGUUUUAACUGUUGGCGUGGUUAUGAGCCGUGAAAAUGAUGGAAAUAACGUAGCUGUUUCUACUUGGCGUACCAGAAUGCUCAAGGGAAUAUAAUACUCGAUAUAGUCGCCAUUUUCUUUGCGGAGUAAAAUUGCCAUUGUUGAUGAGCACGUCUUCAUUGACGUUGCUGUUAUUUUUGCCAAACUCACUAUCUGCUUUAGGACAGACAGAAAACUGUUCUGACAUGCAAAUUACAUCUAAAUUACCGAGCUAUGGUACAAUAUACAUGUAUAGCAAUACGGAAACACUGUAGCUUGUCCUAAUGUGCUUUAUAUAUAGGGCAGACACAGUCGUCAAUUCCGACAUGAUUUGUGGGAGGUUCCAAUUUCGACUUUUUACUCGAGGCAAUUGUAUAUGCAGCAAGUAUAGACGGGUAAGUUUUACUUGCAAAAGAGCCUUGUACAUGUUCCAAAACUAGUCAUGCCAGCUUUUGGGCAAGCGGAAAAUUUAUUCGUGUUUAUACACCGCCGCCAAUUAGGAAAACUUGACAAGUGUACAACAAAUACUUCCAUGAUGGUUUUGGCAAACAAAAUGUGAAAAGGCGGCGGCCCAAGACGUGAGAUAAGUGUUUAACAACAUUCGUAUGCACGAACAUGCAAGACUUGGAAAGACCGUGGAAAACUUGUUGACCGUACACACGAGAAGAUAAACGUCUCAAGGAAAACUUGCUUGCCGUGUAGGUCUUCAUGUUCACAUGCACAUGCUGAUGCAGUACAUUUACUUCCCCUUUAUAUAGAAUCUUAUACCAUAACAACUGAAUAUAUUAGGUUGUUUUAAUUAAACAUAUGAAAAAUACUUGUUGCGUGCAUGUCAGUUCACUUUAAAAAGUUUGCGCCUGGGUCGUAUGGUUUGUCAAAUAUUUUGGUUUGAUUGGACUAUUUAACUGCUUAAAGGUCCAUACACACCGGACGCGAUUUUUCGAUUUUCACUGACCGAUAACUUUGAUCCUAGUUUAAAUUUUACAAAUAUUUUGAAGCGCUGUCAUUUUGAGUUAUUUGGUCUACAUACUUUUAAAAUUUGCUCUCAUUGGCUGUUUUAUUAACUUUCAAAAACUAAAAAAUCGCGUCCGGUGUGUAUGGACCUUUAGUCGUUUAAACUUAUUUUGUGUUAACUCAACACUGGAAAUGUCUGAAUUUAUUGCGUAUUAGCCACCGAUCAAGCUAUAAAUGCAUAUUUUAUAUAUUAUCUACCUUAUCUUUAGCUACAAUUUCCUUUAUUAUGAUUAUCAUGUGCAUGUAUUGUACAUAUUUACCUAUUUAUUUCUAGUAAGUGUGAAGUAUUUAAAACGUAAGUGUUCUGUCAACACUAAACUUGAGAAAAUGAUGUAGUGUCGUCUUAAAAGUGUGAAAUUUCUCAGGGCUAUUCAAAUGCCAUUCUUGUUAAUAUUCAACAUGCUUCGAAUUCCUCGCAACGCAAGUCAUCACAUCUUGUUGACUUUGGCAGAAAGCUGCCUGGUUAAUCAGGAAAUAUUAUUACAUUGAGACUCAUGGGCAAUCAAUACAGGGAAAUAUAGACAAAAUAUAUUUUGGUGCAGCAAAAAUAUAAUCUUAUCAUGCGAAUUAUGAUAUCUAUAUGCAUGAUUUGCAUGUCCAUAGAAUAUCUAUAAAGUGCUGCUUUUGUUCUAAGGUGGAUAGUAUUCAAAAAUCACGAACAAUAUGAUUCGGUUAAAUGUGACAAAAAGCUGCCGUCCUUCUACUGUUAUUUUUUGCAAAGCUAUAUAAUUAUCAUAAAUAUCGAUCUUUUCAUUUUUAAUUCAAGUAUACUGGUAACUCCUCAAUGAAAAAUCCUCAAUAAAACAAUAUCACUAAUGUUUUAUACAUGCAGAGUGCAAAAAACAGUGAAACGACGUUCUAUUUCAUAUGCACUGUAUACUGUAGAUUCACGGGUGUGUUUGAGCUGAUGCCGCAUAUUUGUGCCAUGCAGUUUAUCAUAUUAGCGAUAUUUUUAAUCUAUCUAAUCCGUCAAUAAGAGAUAACUUCCGAAACUACUUGAGGAGGCCAAAUCGCAUGCAUCGUUACUGGCAUACUGCUCAAGGCAAUAGCCAAGUUUUUCGGUUUGUUUUAUAAAUUUCCUUCCCGUUCAUUAUCCGUUUGACUGGCUUUAUUUCGCGUAAUUUCUCUUCAUUCCAAAGAACCUUCGUUAUAUACCGGCUGUUUAUAGAAUGCAUGAAGAGUUUUAGUGCGAUUAUUUAAUGAAGGAUAUAUGUACGAUUAUUUUAGGAACAUUUCACUCCAAUGCAAGUAAUGCAGUCGAGUGUAUUUUUGUUCACGAAAAAUUACUAAAGAAUGCUAAAUGGUCAAUAUAGCUAUAUAUACAGGAUUAAGGAUUUUCCUCGAGUUCCAUAUUACUUCUAAUUCUUGAAAAUCUAAUGUAUUAUAUUCAAUAUCUACAGCAGAAAUUGCGGUUAACCUCCAAAGCCAUCUUAUCACGUUCAACAAUGUUGUGAUUGAAAUAAUAAACGAAUUGCGUUAAAUAUUUAAUUCACGAGAUUUUCUGCGGGGGACACAUGCAAAUACAUAUAAUAUAAGAACACUUCGAUGCCUAUAAUAUAUAACAGUCAUUGCCGCAUAUAGCAACAGCUUUAUAAUAAUUUACUCCUAAAAAUAUAUCCAUUAACGCAUACGCAACAGCCUUAUAAUAAUUUACUCCCAUAAAAAUAUAUCCAUGAUUAAUGCGAGCAUCUUUACUUUUGAAGUCUUUAUUUAGACUAUUGUGAAUGCUCUCACUAAUUCAGUUCAAAUAACUAUCCUGGCGUUAUAAUUAUAUAUAUAUAUUAAUUUCAUAAAGCCGUGUUUCCAUAUGGUCGUAACGGUCGUAAAGAUUGAGUCACGAUCUUUCACAUCAGCGCUAGCCUGACUGAUACAACAUUUUAGAUCUGAAAAUUGCCGAUUAAAACUGAGUGAGUGAUUAUCAAACUAUAGAGAAUACUUAUGAUUUAUAUGUGGUUUACUGGUAUAUAUAUAGACUAUUAUAAACUGGCUGUUGGAAAGAUCGAGACUCAGUGGAAACCAGGCUUUGGGUUAUAUAUAAGACAUACGUAUAUAUACAUAUAGGCCGGAAAAGUACGUCUAAAGACUAAUAUUUCGACAACGUCACUCGAUGAACAGGCUGUGUGAUUCACGGGCAAAAAGGCGUUCUGAGAUGACGAAUACAAUACAUGUAAUGAUAUAGUCAGUAUUGUCUGCCGAAAUUUUGAUGAUGAAUCACAUUAUUUGGGAUCAUGCGCUUCAUUAGAAUUUCGAGCGGUAUAGUGCUCUAGACUGUAUCUAGAUUUGUCAAAAUUUAGCUGACAAUUUUCUUAAUUCCUCAUACAUCAGAUAUUCGAUAUUUGCCGCCGAAGAUAUGCCUGGUAAAUAAGAUUGAACUAGAUUUCAAUUAAGAUGCGAACAUGCAUGCAAAGGCGAUAUUUAUCGCUCAUUCCUCUAGAUAAAGUUAUUAACAUAGGUCUAUAGAAUUGACUGGAAUACUUGUCAAACAAUGCAGAAUCACACAAAUUGCGUGGCCAAUUUAAAUAUAAAUCUUCGUGUCAAGUAUGGCAUGGCUAUAUAUAUAUAUAUAUAUAUAUAUAUAUAUAUAUAUAUAUAUAUAUAUAUAUAUAUAUAUAUAUACACUACAGUACAGUACAGUAUAUCACUGCAUCACUCUGUGUGUACUGUAGCAAGUUAUACAAGAGUUGUGUAUAUUUAGUCAUCAGUAGGCCUAUACAUAGGUUGACUUUCAGCAGCAAAACCAAAUUUACUUACAAUGUAAAUCGAUAUCUGUCAUCUUGAUUCUUGAAACCGUAAGCCGUAAUUCGUAAGGUGUCAAGCCUUACACUGCAUCAUAUCUUUCUUUCCCGAAUGGUUAACUUCACAUAAUACAGUAAUAGACUAUAAGGUUAAUCCGCUUUGUUGAUAAAAGACAAAAGUAGAUUUUAUCAAUUAUUAUCUUUACAACUUUAGUAUAUCUUUAAAUACAGCAAUUAGCACUUAAACAAAAGCAGUCGCGUUUACUCAUUAGUUUCAAAUUGUACAUUAGAUAAAGUGCAUAUUCAAGUGUAUUAAAAGAGCUAAGUGUUUUGUUUUUCUUUCCGGUACAAUGAAAGGCCUGCAUCCUAAAUACUGAAUAAAUAUAGCAGUCAUGCUUUGUAUAUUGUAUCUUGCAAGCUGCAACGACUACAUAUUAUCACCUGAAUGGUUGUUUUAGUGUAGAUAAACAAUAUGUUAUGAUUAUUAACUACAGUGAUCGGUAAAAUUACUACAUGAGUUCGUUUUUUCUAAACAUGGAAACCCUGAGUGCGUCAAGAAUUAUUUUUACCCUCUCAUUAUAAAUAAAGUAUUGAUUCAAAACGCUGGAUACUUGCUCCCCUAGAUCGCUCUAUUAUCAUGCAGCCGCAAACCGUAAAUUGAUCAAGUUGAGAGAAUAUUCUUGCGCUCGCUUGCAAGAUGUUUGAUAUUGCUUCACCGGUGUAAGAAAAAAGUUGCAAUUAAUCAAUUACUUUGUUCUAACGAGCAAGGAUCUUACAUCGGUCACGCUUCGCGUUGUAACUGUAUCCCUGCAUGUGUUGGAAAGUAUGUAUACACAAAACCCGAGCGAAUUUCAAAACACCCACCUUCAUUGGUAGUAUAAUGAGUGCUCCAACCAGCCUUUCAUUGCAAUCCAAUAGUCUGUUUGUAGUUGAAAAUGUUGUGCUUCGUCAUAGUGUUAGGUUUUGUUAGCAUUAGCUAUAGGUUGUGAACAUUCAAAUGUUAUUUAUAGUGUUCAUUGUGAAUUCAUGUAGCUUACAGCUGUGAUCACUACAUUAACGAUAUACUGCAACCCAUGCCUAGCUAGCAAUCUCAAAAUACUCACAGCAAGCAAACACUUACUUUCUGCUAAUACAUCAUACACAAAAUUUCGUGCUUGUGUUAUAGUCCUUUCGUGUAAGAUUGCGCAUCAAACAUCAAAAUGCUUUCAACACCGCCUCCUAAACUGGUAGGAGGCCGGACAAAUUAAAAUUCUAUCCAAACGGUAAAGAAGAUUAAUUUUAUUUAUACAAUAGUAAGAACCCCCUGCACUGAAAUCAACGUAUAAAGUUCGCUUAUGUUGGAUGUUUUUCUCUCCGGGCAGAAAACAUGUUAGCCGCUGUGGCAUUGUGGUGAUCAUACCAAGCUUACAUUGAUGUUUUGAUGAAAAAGAUAUAGAGUUAUGAACGGCAGGAAACAAUAGUUAUUGCUCUAAAUACACGGCACUUGUCGGUCUUUUAACAUCAAAUGAUAAGAUCUGAAGGGGAGUGGUUAUCCAAUUGAGAUCUUAACGCCUUCGUAAAUUGACCUCUUAUUCAACUAUUUGUUCUACAACGCAUCACUUUCUCGCGUUAAAUAAAAAAAGGCGGGAAACGAAGCACGCGAGAUAAAACACUUUAGUUUCGAGUACAGCUUAAGAGGCAGUGAAACCUAAUUGAUUAUUUAUCAAGAAAUCUUGCGAGUGUAUCCCGCUAAGAUUGUUAUAUUUCCUAUGUGUUAAUCCGGAAACCUCUCGUGUGGUUUGCCCGCAGAAAUAUUCGUUUCAUGGCUAAUAGUUUCACCUUUCUCAUCUCUUUCGAGGGGUAGAGAAAUUUGAAGCCGCGUUUUCAAAGUAAGGGAACAUUUUGUACUUAUGCUACCCCAUAGCGAGGCCUUUGUCUGUAGACUAAUGAAAAAUCUGUAUGAAGCCCAGUGCUUGGCGUUAUAAAUUGCUUUUCAUUUGCAAUGUUGAACAAGAAAUAUAUCGUGCUGAUUUCUAAUCAUUUGUUUCAUACAAUCAACACACACUGAGGAGCUUACGGUAUAUUCACUAAACCAACAGGUGACAUUUAGCCAACUAGACCAACUGGAAGUCUCACAAAACUCAUAUGAAUCAUAUCCUCGACUAAACCUUGUCGCGCUUUUACUCGGUCGAAGGCAAGUACUAAGGAAAGAGCGGCAUAACUAUAAGUACUGUCCUAGUGUUCUAAUCCGCUGGUGUUGAGUGAUUGCCUCUGAAUUGAAUUGCAUCUCAUUUUGACGUCGAGCAAUCAAUCACACAAUCUCGUCACAGGGACACAUAUGUAAAGAACGCCUCCUCAAGUUUUACACUCACUACGCUGUUUUGACAGAACGUAGAAAACAGUGAGCCUCAGCAUUCUCACAGCGAAAAGUUCAAAGGAAGUUCCACACGGCACGAAGGUUAUGGAAUCAUAUCAACGCAUCAUUGGAAAUCAAAGCGCCGGAUUUUCUCAUUCAAGUGAAAUCAGUAGCAUGACUAAAGAAAUGUGCAACCACAUUGAACCAAGUGUGCCAAUAUUCCCUCAUCUCCCGGCUGUGAGUACAAGACUGACAGAAAAUUUGGCAGAUAACCGACCAUCAUUCACAUCACAACCCUACGUCUUCCCCUCGCCUUGGUCCUCACAAAAUCAUCACCGUCCUGGCUCGUAUGACCGCCUUGACAUUUCACAUCCAAACCAUGAGCAUUUCUACAAACCUCCUACACACAACCCAGUAUUCCCACCAUCAUACUCACCUAUUUUCCCCUCUACAACUCAAAGCCACAGUCCAUGCAACCCUUUAGUGUAUCCUGGUAAAGAGCACAAGCCGGGUAGCAGUAAUAUUUACCCUUCAGAAGCAGACGUGGUGAGAUCUCACUACCCUGGCUUCCCAAACCAUGCAGAUCCUGGCAUGUAUAUAUACCCAGGUUAUGAGUCAACCGUUUACCAACAUCAAGCAGGACCAUAUGGCCCGCUAUACCCUCCUAGACCACCACAACAUCAAAUACUAACCUGUGAAUGGAUUGAUCCUCAAUAUUUCCCCAAAUGUAAACCGUGUGGCAAACAGUUCUCAAUGAUGCACGAUAUAGUCCGUCAUAUCAACGACGACCAUGUCAGUCAAAACGAUUCAUCCCUUCAUGUCUGCCAUUGGAAGAACUGCUCUCGGAACGGCCUCCCUUUUAAAGCAAAGUAUAAACUCGUUAACCAUAUUCGUGUUCAUACUGGGGAAAAACCUUUUGCGUGUCCAUUUCGUGGCUGUGGCAAGUUCUUUGCGAGAUCAGAGAAUUUGAAGAUUCAUAAACGGACCCACACAGGAGAGAAACCGUUUGUUUGUGAUUUCCCGAACUGUGACAGACGUUUUGCGAAUUCGAGUGAUAGAAAGAAACAUUCCCAUGUCCAUACUUCAGACAAACCGUACACUUGUAGGAUUAACAGUUGUGGAAAGAGUUAUACUCACCCAAGUUCGUUGAGGAAACACAUGAAACUACACGGCGAGGGCGAGGAUGAUUCACGACUCGACGACGAUGACUAUCCUUCCCCAAAUAACUCUCCUUUACCAAAUGAAACAAGAUCAAAAUCUCAAGCAACUGAAACAACAAAGGCUUCGACUUCUUCAUGGUAUUAAAUCUAUUUGUAUAAUAUUGUAGUAUACUAGAACAAACUUAUAUUGGCUUUGUAGAUUUGAAAUCAGAACCAUUUUUGGGAUGUGCAUUGAUUUCUGAUUUGAUCCUCAGAUCAGAACCUAAUUUAAGCGAUAAAAUAUGAAGAGACAAACAAACGUAAAUUAAAUGCAUAUACCUUGCUACAACAGCUUGGUAUUGCCUUAAUAGAUGGGUCAUAAAUGAUUUCUGAUCAAGACAUAUUUUCAAGGGACAAUACAUGUCUUGAAUGUACAUAGGUCUGGAUUGAUUGCCAGGAAAAAAAACUUCGUAAAAGAUAAGAUAUAUGAACAUGCAACUAAAACUUAUAUAUCAAACACGAUCGAUUAUAUAUGUUUGAAUCAGUAAGAUAAUAUUCGAAUGAAUGGGACAUAAAAAUAUUCAAUAUUUUUCUGUCUGAAGGGACUUUAUAGUCGAGGGCAUACAAAGACAAUAGCUGUGAGGUAGACUUAAUCUUGUUCAACUCAACUCGUUCAACAGAUUAGGGGAAGGAUUUAUCUAUUUUAUCUCGCAUCAAAAUGUAAGAGUUUAGUUUCAGAUAUUUUUAAUAUUCAGGUAAACAAAACGAUAGGCGAGUGUUCUUGUUAGGAAUUUAAUAUUGCAUGUGUAGUCAUAUAGCUAUGAAGCAUCAUUCAGUGAAAAUUAGCCCACUAAGCUCAGUGUUGCUAUUGUUAAGCCUGAGCUCACUUUUAUUGAAUGUUAGGAUUCAGAUUAAGCGGAAAAUGUUUCUGAUAGGAUACUAUAAUAAUUUAACUAUACAUAAAAUAAUAUAAUAGGGUUUAAGGGAGAAGUAUUGUAUGUAAUGCCAUGGACGAACUGCAGUGCUUAACAGCCUACGGGAUUAACUAUGGAUCAUUGAAGUUAGUAAAAAAGGUAGUAUAGAAUAGUUUACUUCAACUUCUACAAACCAUGAUUUCGCUUUAAGAAAAACUAGUACAUAUUUGGGUAGUUAUAAAAAGCUGUUUUCCCAAUGCUUGAAAUAUAGUGAGAAUGGUGAUUGCAUGGCAAUGUACUUUGACAAAAUCUUUGACUUUCGUCUUUUGUAUCACAAUAUCGUUCAGAAUAGCUAAAAAUCAUUAUAAGGAAAUCUGUAUGCCAUUUCAGAUAUUAUUGUUCGUCUCCAUAACAAAUUGUAGAUUUUUAAAAGAAAAUUGCUUUCCAAAAAGAGGAUCGAUAAUUCGCAAAAUGCAAAGGGCGUUCUCUUUGCUUCUAUUUGUACAGCACAAAGAAGCUUAGCUCAUUUUUGUGCCUGCAGCUUUCAUGAUUUUCUGGUAAAUAUCAAACUUAAUGUGCUUGUCGUUCUCUAAAGGAAUCCUUUCAGCAUGAGAAAAUUUACUUUGGUUUCUUGGAAAUACAUUUAGUCUUUUAAAUUUAUAAAAAAUCUUAAGUGGCAAAAUUAAUUUUCAAAACAAUGGUUAAGAACUCUUUGUCUUUCUUCGCACUUGGAAAUUCCAAAGCCUAGCUUUUAUACCAUAUUCUAGAAACUGAGUUGGAUCAUUGUUUUUGAUAAAAGUGAAAACGAUACUAGGUAAAGUUUACCAAAGUCAACGGCUUUUAAUAAACGAAAUCAUAAACGACAAGACAAUUUAAUGCAGAGUGAUAAAUGUAUUAAAUGCAUGCUUUUCAAAUUUCAAAUCUUAUUAGACAAUAUAGAAAAGCUCGCUACGUUUGGUUCAGAUAACUCUACGAAGUCAAACCUUAACAUCGUUUAAACUUAGCAGAGCAUAAUGUGUAAAUGCAUAAGAAAUGUAUUAUAAGCACAAAAGCAAUCGUGUUUAACAUAUAAAACCAUGUUCAUCGUCAGGCGGAUUUCCUCACAGCAGUGAUACAAUGUUUGUCAUUUACAAAGCAAUGUUUCUGAACAUUUAUUUUAUAGUUGUAACGUUGAUGUAAACCGUUAUUUCAAUUUUGCUUGAAGAGAACUACAGUAUCAGUGAUUUUCGUGCAUUUAAACGCGACAUUAUAGAUUUUCUCGGCAGUAUGUUUUCACAGUGAAAAUUCUUUUGCAUGAUAUUCGAUUUAGAAAGCAAAUUUUUUCUUCGUAUUUAUAUAUACUGGCAUAUUUCGUUUGAUAUUUGAGAAAGUUUAGUGGUAACUACCGUGAUUUAAAUUUUCCUUUGAGUCAACAAUCAGUGAUUUUCGAGUUAAAUGUACCAAAGGCAACCUCGUUUUGUACAUAAGAGCAUAGAUUUUCAAAGGGCAUGUUUUGGCAAUGACAAUUUCACUUAAAAUUUUCCAUUGGGAAAGCAGUCUUUCUCAGCAUUUUGUUACUAUAUAUACUAAGUGUUCAUGUAACUAUAGCGUGAUUUAAAAUUUCACUUUGAGUGAACUGUCAGUGUUUUUCCAAAAUUGUACAAAGGAACUGCGACCGACUUUCAAUCAGCUGCAUGCAAUAUGCAAUUGGAAUCGGAUUUCUUUGUACUAUUUUCGAGUUUUGAAAGCAUUGGCUUCUUAUAAUUUAUGUACUAGCAAAUUUUAUUUGAUUUUUGAGAAUUUUUUAUGGCUAAUCUAUAAACCCUUUGUUGAUACUUAGUGAUUUUCUAACGACCUCGCGCUGCGGUCUUUAUAGGAUUUUGAUACAGCAUGGCCGAUAACAAUAAUACUCUGUGCGUGAAACACAGAGUAUUUGAACAUAUAAAUUGAAGUGUAACAAGUGAAAAGUAAAAACCUAUAAGCCACAGUAAAAAUUCAGUUACGAUUUUUUGACGAAAGAAACGGUACAUGGAAUUGCAUGCCGGUUGAAUUAAAGUAAAAUGAACAACUUGCAUGGGAGUGUCCCAAUUUUGAACGCCAAUGUUUAUCAAGAUUUCUGUAAAUUGCAAUCAAACCUCAAUUAAAAAACGUUAGAUUUGUAUAGAAGUAUUUAAACGUCAUAUAAUGUUAAAUAUAUUUUUGUUAUAGCUAUAGUUGAGCACAGGUGAAAGAAGGUCGUUAAACGACAACAUAAUAUUGUAUUAGGGGGACUUCA